GAAACAAGUCGGCAAGGGAGCUUGACUUUGGCGCAUUUAUAAUAUCAUACACGCCCGCCUCUGGUGCUGGGAUGGAUGCAGUCUGGAAGGUUUAGCUCGCUAGUCAGUGCCAAGACGCCAAGACACUAAGGGUUUUUGCGUUCUCAACCCACACAAUUUACAACAUCGACAUUGCCCUUUUCCAACCUCAGGAUAUUCAUUUCAACGACAAACAACCGACUGUCCAGCCGCACACGAGUCGCCAUGCCAGAGGGAAAAGACACCAGCAAUCCCAUGCGGGAACUCCGCAUCCAAAAACUCGUCCUCAACAUCUCCGUUGGCGAAUCCGGUGACAGACUCACCCGUGCUGCUAAGGUGUUGGAACAGCUGAGCGGUCAAACUCCUGUCUACAGCAAGGCCAGAUACACCGUUCGUACCUUUGGUAUCCGUCGUAACGAGAAGAUCUCCGUGCACGUUACCGUCCGUGGACCCAAGGCUGAGGAGAUCCUCGAGCGUGGCCUCAAGGUCAAGGAAUACGAACUGAGAAAGAAGAACUUCUCCGAGACUGGCAACUUCGGCUUCGGUAUCAGCGAACACAUCGAUCUGGGCAUCAAGUAUGACCCCGGUAUUGGUAUCUACGGAAUGGACUUCUACUGCUGCAUGACCCGACCUGGUGAACGCGUCGCUAAGCGCAGACGAUGCAAGUCCCGGAUCGGCGCCCCCCACAGGAUCAACCAGACCGAGACGAUGAAAUGGUUCAAGACUCGCUUCGAGGGAAUUAUUCGGUAAAUGCGUGUUGAGCUGAUUUGCGUCACUGUUUUUCAAUGGGGAAAAGAGUAAAAAACGGGAGCUGGGGGGGUUUAAUUUUUCAUCCUUUUUCUCUUUCUUUUUUCAUUAAUCCAGCGUCAGGUUUGGGCAUGUUCUCGUCUUCCUUUUUUUUCCCCUCUUUUUCUUUGUUUUUUCCCGUUUAAUGAUGUAACUGGAAACGAAAAGAGGAAACCGAAAGAGAAAGCCGAGAGGGAAUCUGGUACGCAACAACCCCCGAAUUCUUCGGUGUCCAACACGAGCCUUUCCUGAACGCGGUUGUACCAUUCUGGAGGUUUGGGCUCGGGUUACUAGAUUCCCCAUCUUCGCUAUCCUCAUUUCGGUUCUCUCCCCCUCCCCCUCUUUUCCGCUAUACACAAAUCAAUGACACGAAUGUUUUAUUCCUGACACGAAAAAAAAAAAAGAAGGGAAAGUUGAAAGAUCGCUAUUUUCUUUUGCUUGUUUUCCAAAGAUUCCACAAUGGAGGCUUCACAAAUGGUGUCGUUCCGCUUAACCAUUGCUUUGAAACGAAAGAGAGAAAAAACCAACAAAAAGUUCCACUGAUAUCCAUCGGUGCGGGCGGGAGGCGAUUCUUUUCCUUUUCUUUUUUUUUACUUUCUGAGGUGCGUCGAGUCGACCCUCAGGCGGCCUGAGAUUUGAAAACAUUGGACACUGGACUCUAUCCUCUUGUUCCUUGGCCCCCUGGCCGAUGGCUUGGAAGAAGCUAAGGCAUAUAUAUGGAAGGAAGACGAGGAUAGAGUCCGGUGCUUCCAUGUUUAUCAUUUCCCUUACCUUACCGACACCACCGACCAUCACUCUCAUCUCGCUCCUUCGCUCCUUUCUACAUGGGUGGAGCUCUGUUUAUCUAGGCUGGGAAUAAACCCAUGCCCGGAUAGAUAUACUCUGUGCCAUGGAAGGAGAGCCGGGACGAGAUGAGGGCAUGUGAGGAGGGCCGAGGCGAGGUGAGCUCUGAGGGGUGGGUUGGGACACGCAGACACUUGAACACUUAGCACUUGAUACGAUGGCUAUCAGGGCUAGGGUGAGAGUGAGGGAGAAAGAGAGAGAGUGUGUGUAUGUCUCAUCGAACUGCGACACGACGCAUCCCGUGCCUUUUCAUCUAUUGGAUGCCGGAGAGGCAUAUUUGUGCUUGAAGAGGAGGAGGUUUGCGUAUGUCAUAUCAUCUCGCGAUCAAGUACACACUCAGGUGGGUUGUCCAGCCAUGGGCCUCGUAGACAGUCCGUCCCACAAGCAAGGGGGGCGUUGAAGUAGCAUUGAGCAUCGCUAUGCAGGUAGGUUCAACAAUCAUCGAUCUUCCCGUAACUAGUUUGUCGGUGCGGCUUUCAAAAAAAAAAAAGUCCGCGGUUAUAUGGUCAGGAGAUAGCGUUUCGUUAACUACGCAUCCGAGCAUAUACCUUUUCGCGAGUGGCAUGGAAGGAGAUAUCCAUCUGAUCCCACAUGGAGAGUAGUCUACUCUAGUCAGAUCCCCAACGCACAGGUUUGGAAAAAGACUGACAGCGAAAGUCCCACUCUUGUUUCUUCUAGGCGAAACUUCAGCAAAUUCCUCUUUCUUCCUCCUUUGCUCAGCACAUCUCCAGUUCUUCAACAUCAUAGGUGCCCAAAACAAAUCAAAUGGUCAACAUUCCCCUCUACAUACGUCUCUUAAUCCCCAAGGAGCCCUUCGAAAACAUCACCCACACUUGAGGAGAUCUCUUUUGAGAAAUAUCCAAAAAAAAGUCUCGUUCAAAAGGGUUCAUAUUGAAUUAAAUACAUACAGACAUACAGACAUUGCCAGUCCGCAAACCACCAAAGAAGAAACAGGGAAAAUAAUUGCGUAUUCCCUCCUGUAUCAUAAUAUAUCCACAGAUCAGUCUGGCACACCUCAUCGACCUAACUGCAUCGCCUGGCAACCUGGUUUCAGCCAACAUUCAUUGCUCCCUACAUGCUAAUCUCUCUCCUUUUUCUACUUCAUACAAUCUUCAAAAGGUUCGGAUUUUAAAACCCCGUUGCGGAUAAAUGAACAUUUCCGCGCAGCAACGUGUCUGACAGUAGGAGUUUGUCGGAAGUUGUAGAAAUUUUCCAAAGAGAUCAUCAAAAAGGAGGAAAGGAAAGAAAUGAAAAUAAGAAAACUCGGCCACAAUUCAUUCACUCAUAUACGCCCCCAAACAACUUUUUUUUUUUUUUUUCAUAUUUUCUGCUGUCUUCACUGGCUGUUACUUGCCUUACUCUCCUUCACUACUGUUCUCAUGGCUGCAUUUGCUGUUUCACUUCUCUUCCCCGGAAACAUGCACGAUGCAUAAUCACGAAUCAAAAACCUAUCGCUUUUGAUUUGAGAUACCUCUCACAUAGCUAUACGGGAAAGAAAAAAAAGGCCAACAUCAGCAAACUGCAACUCUCCAGUCCCAGCAAAAGCAUGAACAUAGCAAUGGGAAAGGGGUCCAAAACUCACUUAUCCCACCAACUCGCAAAGAACCUCUUCCUGUCCGGCCCUGCACCGACAUUCUGUUCAUGCCACUGCUCCCUGCGCAAUGCAAAGCUGGUAUCCGCCGUAUUCCGCUUCUGCGACGCGAGGUUGGAGAAGAGGUUCGUCCCGCUGAUGGAGUUACUUCUUCGGAACGAGCUAGGGCGUUGGGGGUUUUCGGCUUCGGCUUCCGCGCUGGAGCCGGAGCCGGAGCCGGAGCCCAGUCCCGCGGUGGCAGGGGUGCUGUGAACGGGCGGCUGAUGGGCCAUAUAGGGCGGGCGCUGGGGUGGGAAUGUCUGCUGUGAGAGUGGGCUAGUGCUGAAGGAGGGGAAGGUGAAGUGGUGCGAGAUUCCGGAGGGCUGGGAAGCGGAGGCUGUGGGGCUUGGGGGUGGAGAGAGGGUUCCUCCCGAUGUGCUCUCGCGGGAGGAAGAAAUGGAGGAGGUUGUGGAGGCCUGCGUAUAUUAAGGUUAGUGGGAUGAUGAUGGCUCUUUUAUUUUCUACUUUUCUUUUGUAAUCGGGUGUGGUGAAUGUUGCUGGAGAAGGCAGUAAUUUCUUCAAGACGUACCCGGCGCAGAUUUUCACUAGGGGACGAGACGAUAUUUGGUCUUGUAGGUGUAUAAUAAUAUGGAGGCCCACCACGAACCCAAACGGGAGGAUGAUCUGGACGGUCGCUGGGGCGGUCGCUGGAGUGGCUACUCAUUUCGUUCUCAGUGUCUCUCUUGUUCGUUUCAAUUUUCUGCGAUGACCCUUCUGUUAACACAGUGUUGCAGAGUACAAUAGUUGCUCUGCAGUAGACGGGUUUGGGAUGGGAAGAUUGGAGCUCUGAUAGCUCUAAAGUGUAAGUAUGAAAAUGAAGGGGGAGAAUAAGUCUACGUAC